AUGUCUUCAAAAGAUGAAUCUUUAUACCUAGGUUUUGACCUCUCCACCCAACAACUAAAAGCAAUUGUUGUAUCGUCUUCCCUCAAGGUCCGAUACGAAGCUAAAGUCGACUUCGAUGCCGACCUCUCCAAAUAUGGCAUCAAAAAAGGUGUACAUGUCAAUGAAGUCGAAAGAGAGGUUUACGCACCAGUAGCCAUGUGGCUCGAAGCUGUUGAUUUAGUUCUUCAACGACUUUCGGAAAAAUCUUGUCCGUUUCACUUGAUCAAGGGAAUUUCAGGCUCGGGUCAACAACAUGGAAGUGUUUAUUGGAGCCAAAAGGGCGAAGAGGUAUUGGGGGCUCUGGAGACGAAAAAGAGUUUGGUAGAGCAGUUAAAGGAUACGUUUGCGCAUCCGUGGAGUCCUAAUUGGCAAGAUGCGAGCACGCAGGAGGAAUGCGAUGCUUUUGAUCGGGAGUUGGGAAGUGAGGAGAAACUAGCAGAAGUUACGGGGAGUAAAGCUCAUCAUGUUAGUUAUGUCUUGUUAAUUCUCGAUCUUCAUAUGUCGCAGGAGUUAUGCCGAUUCACGGGACCACAAAUCAUGCGUUUUCACAAAAAGUAUCCAGAGGUCUACCGCCGUACUUCUCGUAUAACCCUCGUCUCAUCUUUCCUGGCAUCUUUGUUCCUUGGAAAAGUUGCCCCCUUCGAUAUCAGUGAUGUCUGCGGCAUGGAUCUCUGGGACAUAAAAUCCGGAUCUUGGAGCGAGCCUCUUCUCACUCUUGCAGCUGGAUCCGAUGGUCUUGCUUCCUUGAAAUCCAAACUUGGGGAGGUACGAGAAGAUGGUGGCGGAAGCAUGGGCUCUAUAUCCUCUUAUUUCACAUCUCGCUAUAACUUCCCCGCCGAUUGUGGAAUCGUCCCUUUCACCGGUGAUAAUCCAGCCACAAUCUUGGCCCUCCCUCUUCGCCCCAUGGACGCUAUCGUCUCCCUCGGAACAUCUACAACCUUCCUCAUGUCAACCCCCAACUACGUCCCAGACCCCGCUUACCACUUUUUUAACCAUCCCACUACAGCCGGUCUCUACAUGUUCAUGCUUUGCUACAAGAACGGAGGUCUUGCCCGCGAAAAAAUUAGAGAUGCUCUCCCCGCAUCCAAAACCUCAGAUCCAUGGUCCAACUUCAACAAAGCGGCCACAGAAACCCCACCUCUCGCUCAAAAGGCUCCUUCUGAUCCUGCAAAAUUAGCUCUCUAUUUUCCCCUCCCAGAAAUUGUGCCAAAUGUCCGAGCCGGUACCUUCCGCUAUGAAUCCUCACCAAGCAGUACACUAAAUGAAGCCAAAACACCAUAUGAUCCUGAAACGGAUGCUCGUAUCAUUGUAGAAUCACAAAUCCUUUCUUUACGUCUUCGUUCGCAGAAAUUGGUUACUUCUCCUUCGGAAGAUAUACCAGCUCAGCCUCGUCGUAUCUAUCUCGUAGGUGGUGGGUCGCAUAAUCCGGCCAUUGCGAAGAUUGUGGGUGAGGUUUUGGGUGGAGUGGAGGGGGUGUGGAGAUUAGAUGUUGGAGGGAACGCGUGUGCCUUGGGCGGUGCUUAUAAAGCCGUUUGGGGCGUAGAGCGAAGCGAGAAGGAAGGAGGCAGAAUUGGAAGUGGAAAUGAGGCAAAAUGGAAAGGGGAAAGUUUCGAGGAAUUGAUAGGAAGAAGGUGGAAAGAAGAGGGUGCUAUUGAGAAGAUAGAUGAGGGGUAUAGACCAGAGGUGUGGAAGAAAUACGGGAGUGCUCUUGGAGCAUUUGAGGAGAUGGAGAAGGUGAUUCUGGAGGGUGAGGAAAGGUCUAAGAAGUGA